CUCCUGGUAUCGCGACGCAACUCGUGUACCGACCAACCGCCAUUACCGCCGCCGACGCAACAGCUCGGCAUCAUCAACUCUGCUACCAUGAAGCUCACCACAACAGCAGCAUUACUAGCCUGCACGGUACCACACGUGCAGGCCUUUUCCGACUCGUCACCAUUCAUCCUCUUCUCCACAGCCAAACUUCGCACACCAUCUUCAACCCCGCAACUGCAGACCGCCUCCCAAGUUUUCACCACAGCCAAAUCCCUGCUAUCGUCAUGCCCGAGCAGUCGCUACGUCCUCGUCUCACAGCCCAACCUACAUGCCGCCGACAUCCGCGACGGUAGCAGCGGCGGCAGCAGGUCCUGCCGCCUCCCUAAUCUCUGCAGCGCCGUGGAGAGCGACGAAAACAACAGCAACUGGGACGUCGCCGAGGUCAUUGGCCAGCUGUCGGGCAAGGCGCUGGAGGAGUACAUCAACGACGCGUGUGAGGGGAGGAAGCAGGAUGUGAGUGUGCAGAGGUUUGAGCUGAGGCAUCUGCCCGCUGCUUCCCCGAGGGACGGCGAGGACAAGGGGAGAGACGACAUCCUGGGGGACAACGAUUAUGAGCUGGGCAAGCUGCUCGAAAAUCUGGGAGACGAUUAUACCGUCAUGGUGUACUCUGACCCCAACGAGUUCAACGCUUACGAGCCCGAGUUUAGCGAGCCGGUGCACAUAGAUCUGAAGCGCUGGUCUGGAGAGGCGCUGGAGGUCUUGGUGCGAGAGAGCUCGAAGUCGACCAACAACCUGCCUCUGUUUGAGAAGUACCAGUUCUUCACUCCGGGCAUUUUCAUGUCUUUUAUUGUGCUGGCUGUUCUUCUUUCCAUCCUGAGCGUCGGGCUCAAGGCCCUUGCAAGCCUCCAGGUGUCUUAUGGUGCGUUCGACAAAGAGAUGGGCCCUGCUGCUCAAAAGAAGCAGAUGUAGAUUAGUGCGAUUGUGAGACUGUAUCGUGGCGGUAGAUGGGGCAGGUUCCUGGGUUGUCUGUAGCAUAGCUACAUGGGCUGGAGUUUGUUUUUUAGGCUUGGGCAUGGUUGCAAUAUCGGUGUCUGAAUCAUAUCUCAUAGGACUUGUGGUUAUCCCUUGUAAUUGUGGUGGUUUUAUGACCAAAGCUGAUAACCGCCCCUUUGACAUAAAGCUCAUAAAUUCGACAACAUCAUCCUCGUGAACGCCGUGAGCCAAGCCACCCAAAUUUCUCCGUGACUGGCACCUAAUGAAAUGACCUUUGCACUUCCAUGCGAACAAGCCGCCCAGACCAAUCUCACUCAUACAAGGUGGCUCGGCAGUAGGAAGUUUGCGAUACCUUCCCGUACCGCAUACUCAUGCCCACAAUGCCCGCAUACCAGCUUGCCUUCACUCAUCUGGGUCUCCAUGAGCAACGUGUGCAGGUCUUUAAGCAUCUUCUCAUCGGCUUGGAGUUCCUCCGGAGUAGGUGGUUGCUCAGGGAGUUGUGGAAAGCCGAGCUGCGGGAAGUUAGUGAGAGAUGGCGCGGUAAUGAAGCGGA